CCGGAGGCCUGCGGCUGGGAGGCCGGGACGGGCCGCGGCGGGCGGGAUGGAGGCGACCCUGGAGCAGCACCUGGAGGACACAAUGAAGAAUCCUUCCAUUGUUGGAGUCCUGUGCACAGAUUCACAAGGACUUAAUUUGGGCUGCCGUGGGACCCUGUCAGAUGAACAUGCUGGGGUGAUAUCUGUUCUAGCUCAGCAAGCAGCUAAGCUAACCUCAGACCCUACAGAUAUUCCUGUGGUAUGCCUAGAAUCAGAUAAUGGGAACAUUAUGAUCCAGAAACAUGAUGGCAUCACAGUGGCAGUGCACAAAAUGGCCUCUUGAUGACCCAGGUCAUCCCUGCAGCAGCCUGCCACAGACACUAAGCGCUGACAUGUGUCAAUCAUUUUACACAAGUAUUCAAGUUCCGGUAGUUAGGCCAUCUAUUUAAUGUACAUUGGGCACUUCUAAUUUUAGAGUAAGCUGCUUUUUGACACUCUAUAAACUAUAUAAAAUGUUAGUGUGAUGCUGCAGGGGGCCUUGCUGCCCUAACCAUGUAAGACACUGGCAAGCAGCUAAGAAAAAGGGCCUCACACCAUGGGGCUGAAGAUUUCCAAAGAGCCUCACACUGUGGGGCUGAAGAUUAAUCUAUAACCUAUAAGCAUCCCUUUGUUUUUUUUGUUCUUGGUCAUAUAAGAAAAAACUUCUCAGAAAGUACAUUGGGCAAUAAAUUAUACGUGUAGAAUACUGUAAGUAAAUGGCACUAAGAAAUACCUGCUUAAAAAUUAAACAUUGUAAAUUUGGCCUGCCUGACAAUGGGAAUGAAUUUUGUUAUACAUGAGCAUGCCUGACAAGCAACCCAGGACAAUUAUAGUAAAUCCUUCUUUUGCUUUUUUUUAGAAGUUUCUUAGGAAAGUUUUUAAAUGAAGUUAACUGUAUUAAGAAGUUUCUUGGUAGAAAACCCUGCUAGCUGAUAACCAGAAAGCAGCUGGUCUCCAGCUGAAGGCCACAUGAAUAGAAGAGUCUUUUGAUGCUUAGGCUUUAGCUGAUAGGAGUGUACCGACGGCUAUUGGCUGUCUUAGGUAAUUGUCUAAGCUAAAAUAAUGAAUUUUAGUGUAAGGUUUAUUUUUUUUUAUCUAUUAACCUUGAAGGCUACCAUCUUGCUGAGACCCACAGGAGCCAGUAGUACAUGGGAAAAGAAUAUACUGAUUGUUUCUGCUUUGCUUCUAUGAUGAUAUAAUUUUACUUCUUGCUAAAAAUGAAUAAAGACCUGCUGUUCCCCUCAGUAGAAGAGACUUGCACCUCGUCAGUGUCUCCUGACUACCUCAUCCCCUUCCCCUUAGCCCCAGAGUUUCACCAACGCCGUCUCAUCCUUUCAGGGACUCCUGACACGACAUAUUGCCAAGGCUGGUCUUCAGCAGUAUGAAAUAUCAGUAUGAAACUAUGUUUUGAAGCAGCAGGUCUGGGUUACUUUGUAUAUAGAAUUUUGUUAUGCUCAAUAAAUUUCAUGGGAAGAAAAC